AUGUUGACCAAAGAAGAACGAUUACUUCUAUUCAUCAUCAUCUUUUUAAAUUAUAUAAAUAAUGAAUGUCGAAUAAUUCAAUGUUAUUCUUGUUCAGAUUGUGCUACUUCAACAUUAUUAAAUAUAAGUAAAAUUCAAAUAUUGAAUGAUAUAGAUCAAUGCGUGAAAAUAACUAUAUUAACAAGAACUUUUAGUGGACAACGAAAACAAAUUGAUCGAGGUGUUUCACAACAUUGUAAAGACUAUUUAAAUACACAAAUUUCAAGGUUAAUUACAGAAUUUCAAGUUAGUCAAAGUCUUCUUCAAUGUUAUCUUUGUGCGGAUUGUGGUGAUCCAUUUGACAAAGAAUAUCCAUAUACAAGUGUAGUAACAAAUCAAAAUUAUGGGGCAGCAUGUAUUAAAACAGUUUUAACUGUACCUAAUGGUAAAGUGGUUAGUCGAGGUACAACAUUUAGUUGUACACAAGCAUCAACAAGUGAUAUUAAAGGUAUAUGGCAUGAAGUUGAAACUUGUGGUUUGAGGAAAACAUUUGAUGAAGAUAAGUGUUUUCAUUUAAGUGUUAAAACACUAACAGCAUUUGCAUUGCUACCAAUUGACGAUGUUAUGAACGCAUUUGAAUUACUUGGAAACAAAUUUGACGAUGAUACUGAUGAUUUUCAUGCUACUUUGAAAAGACAUGGAUAG